CGGCAGGGCAGGGACCCCGGCCGAGCGCCGCCGGGACCGCCGCCCUCCGCCCGCCCGCGUGUGCGCGCCCGGUGUCCGCGCGCCGACCGCCCGCCAGAAAAAACCAUUUUUCUUCUCUGGAGGGUGAACAUUUAUAGCAUCGAUUUCACGGAUCUGGUAACAUGGCAAAAGAUGCCGGUCUAAUUGAAGCCAACGGGGAACUCAAGGUCUUCAUAGACCAGAACCUUAGUCCUGGAAAAGGUGUGGUGUCCUUAGUGGCUGUCCAUCCCUCCACAGUAAACACGCUUGGGAAGCAGCUCUUGCCAAAAACGUUCGGACAGUCCAAUGUCAACAUCGCUCAGCAAGUGGUAAUUGGUACGCCUCAGAGACCUGCAGCGCCAAACACUAUCGUGGUAGGAAGCCCACACACCCCUAACACUCACUUUGUCUCCCAGAACCAGCCUUCAGACCCCUCACCUUGGUCUGCCGGGAAGCGUAACAGGAAAGGGGAGAAGAACGGUAAGGGGCUGAGGCAUUUCUCCAUGAAGGUCUGCGAGAAGGUGCAGCGGAAGGGGACCACGUCCUACAACGAGGUGGCGGAUGAGCUGGUGGCAGAGUUCAGUGCUGCCGACAACCACAUCUUACCGAACGAGUCGGCCUACGACCAGAAGAACAUCAGGCGGCGCGUCUACGACGCCCUGAACGUGCUGAUGGCCAUGAACAUCAUCUCCAAGGAGAAGAAGGAGAUCAGGUGGAUCGGCCUGCCCACCAACUCCGCCCAGGAGUGUCAGAACCUGGAGGUGGAGAGACAGAGGCGGCUGGAAAGAAUAAAGCAGAAGCAGUCGCAGCUCCAGGAGCUUAUCUUGCAGCAAAUCGCCUUUAAGAACCUGGUGCAGAGGAACCGCCAGGCGGAGCAGCAGGCCAGCCGGCCGCCCCCCGCCAACUCCGUCAUCCACCUGCCUUUCAUCAUCGUGAACACCAGCAAGAAGACGGUCAUCGACUGCAGCAUUUCCAACGACAAGUUUGAGUACCUGUUUAAUUUUGACAACACGUUUGAAAUCCACGAUGACAUUGAGGUGCUGAAGCGCAUGGGGAUGGCCUGCGGCCUGGAGUCCGGGAGCUGCUCCGCCGACGACCUGAAGGUGGCGAGAAGUUUGGUGCCAAAGGCGCUGGAACCCUACGUGACAGAAAUGGCUCAGGGAUCACUCGGCGGUGUCUUUGUCACGUCGGCAGUUUCAACUGCCAACGGCACAAGGCUCUCUGCCAGGUGGUUCCCAGUUACAAGAAAAGCUGCAACGAGCAGCCUGAUGGCUCAGUUUUCCACCCUUCCUGGCUUGGUCGCCAGGCUGGCUUUCCCAGAUGUGGGAUUACUUUGUCGAAGAGCAGCGUCAGUAAAUACCAGUGAAAGUGACCUGGCCAACGGCGCGGACGGGGCGCUGGCCACGAGCUCCAGCGGGUCGCAGUACAGCGGGUCGCGGGUGGAGACGCCCGUGUCGUACGUUGGGGAGGAGGACGAGGACGAGGACUUCCACGAGGACGAGGAGGAGGACUGAGCCCCGUCGGCUCCAGGGACGCGUCCGGGAGGAGAGCGGCUGUGAACGGGGGUCCUUCUGUGUCUUCCGUCCUCCUCCCGAGAAGAGCGCGCUGAGCCGCUGGGCUCGGCGUGCGCCGCCGAUAAGCAACGCGCCGUUCUCUGCGGGUCCUGACGAGUGUCUGAUGCCGACGCACGGCCUCUCUUUACUCUUUCGGAUUUUGUGUUUUCGUUUGCUGUUUUUUUUAAAUUCAGAGUUCAUUUCGCCCCUUCACAGUUCUUGCCGAGUUUGCUGGAGACGUUGUGCUCCGUCCACGCCGAGGGAGAUAAAGGCCCUGCUGCCCGGCGGGCCCGAGGCAGCCGCCGAGGGGGAGGCGCCGCGGAACCGGCAGAUGGCGAGGCUCUGCUUCUCGACGUUUUAUUACGACCUUAUUUCCCUUAAAUUAUAUUGACUGCGUGACUCCAUCGGGUUUCUACUUUGGUUUUGCUCUGUGUUGCAGCCAACGAAUUGCGAAGUUCUUUUUGGUUUUUGUUUGGUUUGGUAAAAGUUUACUGCCAUGCUGGUGCAGCUAUGGAAACUGUCUGAAAGCUUGGAAUGGUUUAUUGCUUACAGUAAAAUUUGCCUGAUUUCUUACAGGCAGCGUUUGGGAACUUUUAUUAUAUAGUUGUUUACAUACUUAUAAGUCUGUCAUUUAAAGACAUGUACUGAAACAAAUGUUGUAUUUGUUUCGUAAGCAUCUUCCUGUAAUCUAUUAUAAAGUUGAAAUUAAAUAUAGAGAAUGUUUUAACAGUUUUUUAACUCAAAAUUUGUCAAUCAUUUUUAAUAGUUCUUUUUUUAUAAAAAGAAAAAGGAAUUUCAGGACAGGCAGUAGUCUCUUUUAAAACUUAUUCACCAAGAACCAUUAACUGCACAGUUGCUGUUAGCUGCCUGUUCUAAAAUAAUAGUCUUUUUAUUGGAACACAAACAAACUUUUCUGUAAUAUUUUGUGGAAUAAAGAGACUUUAAUUGUUUGA